AUGUCAAAGGUGACUCUUAUGUCUUCUGAUAAUGAAAGUUUUAUUGUUGAUAAAAUUGUUGCAGAAAGAUCUAUUCUAAUAAAAAAUAUGCUUGAGGAUGUUGGAGAAUCGGAUUUACCUAUUCCAUUACCAAACGUAACAUCAAACGUUUUAAGAAAAGUCCUUGAAUGGUGUGAACAUCAUCGUGGAGAUCCUCUUUCAUCAACAGACGAUGAUUUGGAUUUAUCUAUGCAUCGUUUGAAAAAAUCUACAGAGAUUGAUGAAUGGGAUCAAAAGUUUAUGCAAGUCGACCAAGAAAUGCUUUUUGAGAUUAUUUUAGCCAGUAAUUAUCUUGAUAUUAAGCCUCUUCUUGAUAUUGGAUGCAAAACUGUUGCAAACAUGAUUAAAAACAAGACUCCAGAAGAAAUUCGUAAAACGUUCAAUAUUGUAAAUGAUUUUACUCCAGAAGAAGAAGAAAUUAUAAGAAAAGAGAAUGAAUGGGCUGAGGAUCGUUAA